AUUAGGGUACUUCUUCAUUAGAGGUUAGUUCAGUUGUUGAGAAAUUGGAUUCGUGUUUUUGAGAAAUUCUCAAAUUUGUUUACGCAUUCGUUCGUAGUUUUGUGUCUGAAUUUGUAAGUUUAAGAUUCGCCAUGGACAUCGAUGUCGGACCAGUUGAUCCAUCUGUCCUCUACGAACAAGAUCUCCAUGUUUCUUCUGCUGUUUGGGAAGGACAGGAACGAGGUCUUCUUCGUUGUCAAGAACACACUUCAUUACUUCAUCAAUGGAAACUCACUGACGAACAAAUCAAGCUCGUAGACAAAGCUGGUUUCGGAUUCUUCCGCAAAAUCGGUCCAAUGAGUCUAAACAAUUCACUAAUCUCUGCACUUGUUGAGCGUUGGAGAAGAGAAACCAAUACUUUUCACCUUCCUUUAGGAGAAAUGACUAUAACCUUAGAUGAAGUUGCUUUAGUGCUUGGACUUGAGAUUGAUGGAGAUCCAAUUGUUGGUUCUAAAGUAGGAGACGAGGUUGCUAUGGAUAUGUGUGGUAGACUCUUAGGGAAGUUACCAUCUGCUGCUAACAAAGAAGUUAAUUGUUCGAGGGUUAAGCUUAAUUGGCUUAAAAGAACUUUCUCGGAGUGCCCUGAAGAUGCUUCUUUCGAUGUUGUUAAAUGUCAUACUCGAGCUUAUCUCUUGUAUCUUAUUGGUAGUACCAUUUUUGCUACCACUGAUGGUGAUAAAGUCUCUGUUAAGUAUUUGCCUUUGUUUGAGGAUUUUGAUCAAGCUGGAAGAUAUGCUUGGGGAGCUGCUGCAUUGGCUUGUCUUUACAGAGCGCUUGGUAAUGCUUCGCUUAAGUCUCAGAGCAACAUUUGUGGCUGCUUGACAUUGCUACAGUGUUGGAGUUAUUUUCAUCUGAACAUCGGUAGACCAGAGAAAUCCGAAGCGUGUUUUCCGCUUGCUCUUCUGUGGAAAGGUAAAGGCAGCAGAUCCAAAACCGACCUAUCUGAGUACCGCAGAGAACUGGACGAUCUUGAUCCAAGCAAGAUCACUUGGUGCCCAUAUGAAAGAUUUGAGAACUUGAUCCCACCACAGAUUAAAGCCAAGCUGAUCCUAGGGAGAUCAAAAACGACUCUUGUAUGUUUCGAGAAAAUAGAGCUACAUUUUCCAGAUAGGUGUCUGAGGCAGUUUGGGAAACGCCAGCCGAUACCUCAGAAAGUGAGACGUCGUGACAGAAAGAACAAGCGAGUCGAUGACUUGGACACGUCAAUGAGUCUAGCAUGCGAGGAAUGGACUGAACGUGGGGAUCACAUCAUGGACAGUCCUGGAGGCAGCAAUGUGGUGGAUGAUGGAGCGUACAUGGAAUGGUACGCUCGGAUUAGUAUCACCAAACUUUAUCGAGAAGCGUUUCUCGAGUCCCAAGUCAUGAAUAUGAUUGCUUGUAUGAGGGAAUUUGAGGAAGCUGCUUCAGGGAUUUCGAUGGAGAGAUUGUCUCCGGUCGAGAGGGAAGUGAUGGAGAGUGUGAAGGAUACAUUCUCUAAUAACUUGACGUUUGGAGGAUGGCAAGAAGUGGCGGUUAAUAGUGGUUAUGGGAAGCGCAAGCGUCGGAAUGAACAAACACCAACGAGUGGUAAUGAUAUUUCAUCUCUUCUGCUUCAAAAGGACACAUGAAUCUUUUUUUAUGUAUUAGAUUUAUUUUUCAUCUAUGAAACGUUGCAGUGUUUAUGUAUACUGUAUAUAGUAUUGGCUAUUUUGGUUAGAA